AUGUCUGACAGCGAUGCGAGCACAGUACCCCCGCCCAGCUUAGACGAGGACAACCUCGCGGGCGUCUCACUUGUAUCCGCAUCUACAGCUGGCCCACGCCCACCGUGGACUAUCUCACAAGAGGAACCAUGCCGAGCAAAGACGAACUUCCCGGGGGGCGGUAACUGGGGAACGGAGCAUUCUCGACGAGCUGGUGACACGAAAUUUCAAGAAUAUGGCUCUCAGACGAAAGCUAGGAAUGAGAUCAAGGCUUCGUCAGUGAAGAAUCGAUUUGAGCCGAUCGCCACUUGCGCACAAAAGGCACCAGGAAAGCAUGUACAUCGUAAGAUGACGCCUGCAGUUAGUCAUGAUAGCGAAUCCCUAACCACAUACCCGUGUCUUGGGAGUUCAUCGUCACCUCGUGGCGAGCCAUCCGUACCUGAAGUGCCAAAGGUCCUGGCGGAAGGCCAACCGAAACAGGCCGUCCUCCUCGAGGAAGUUCCCAGUCCUACAGCACGCUUUGAAAGCGGGAAUGCGUGUCCAUCACAAUCAAGAAGGGUCCAGAAGGCAGCUCACACGACGCCAUCGCACCUAGCAAAAAAGGAUGCGAGAAAGGGGGCCCCGCAGGGAAGAAAGCCAAAAACGCAGAACAAAGGACAGCAUGCUUGUAAAAGACAGAAGCCCCCCAAAUCCACUACGCGAGCAAGAAAGAAAUCUCGCGCAAAGAUCGGGCCACGUCCGUCUCUUUUCAAAGAGCAGCUAUUGCCUGGAAUAUCAGCGAUCUUCGAACAAGUUCCUGCUCCAACUUUUGAAAUGUAUGACUCUCGGGAGGCUUACAUCAUGGAGGAAGCAUAUUCUUUCCCUCAUUCAGCAGUUUCUGUUCCGUCGUUCGAGGAGAUUGAGAAGGGCACCUCAGAAAUCAAGUCGAUCGAACUUCUUCAAAAGUUGGCCAGGGAGACGCGGCGUUCGCCUAGCGUUUCCUUUGAAGAUUAUACUAACUCCGCCAGGAUAUCAACUUUUGCUUGUGGGGAGGAAGCAAUUGCCUCUAUUCCCGUUCAGUUGUUAAGCAGGAAUGACCGAUCUAUUUCUACAAGUUGUUUGAGGAUACAACUCGAGAAGGUUGAAAGAGAAGUCAUAAACUUACGGACUCAGCUUGUGAUGGAACAGAACUCAGGUCCUUGCCUCUUUUCGGAUGAUGUUAAAAAUCUUGUGGAUAGAUCUCGAGUACUAACUUUGGACGGUACAAAGAGUGACAAUGCGACGGUGCUUUGCAAUCUUGCCUUGGUCAUGUGUUCCAGAAUUCCUGCGCGGCUUUCGCGGACAACUCUCCACAGUCUAAUGGCGGUUGGUGAUAUUCAACAGUUUUUGAAUUGUUGCAGGCGAGCGUUCGACUUCAUCCAAGGUUAUCUUUCUUCAAAGAGAAGCAAGAGUGCAAGGAGGGCGGUAGUUCACGUUUUUCGAAAUGUCAUUCUCAAGAUUCUUGAGAGCAUUUAUCACAACUCAUUUGCCAGUGAAAAGUGCGACACGUCCACGUUCGAAGUGUUGUUCACUUUCGUUCUCGCUCAGAUAGAUGCAAUCUACGAACGCAUGUUAUCCGUGAAAGCGGAAGUAGAUGUGAUUUGGAGCUGGACUGUUUCAUUUGAAGUCGUCGGUUCUAUGGAAAGAGCUUUUUCCACACUAUCGCCAUCCUUCUGCCAAAUUCUGACGAAAAAACUUGUGGGUAACUUACAAACUAUUGGAAAAACAAUGCAAAUGGGUGAAGAAUUUCCGGACAAAUUUUCUGUAGAAGUUAUUAGUAAUUCAAUGGAGGUUGCCAUGACCAUGGUCAUGAGCAGUCACAAAGCUGCAAUAUCACUUCCGCAAUGUGAUCUACUUCACAUUGGGCGUCACAAUAUGCUCAUUUCUGAAUAUGUGUUCUCUCUGGCGUCGUUCGACAGUUCAGCAGAACAUGCCUCCCCAUAG